CCAUCCUGUACCUGGGCAGAGCGACGCAGACUCUCGGAGGCGCAGCAGAGAGACCUAAGGGAUGUGGACAGCUGUGCAGCUGAGAGCAUGACCUCAUUCCCCAAGGAAGCCUCUGCAGGUGCGGAGACCAACCAGGAGGACGCUGCGGGUGAGACCUGGGGCACUCCAGAGCAUCCGGAGGUGGCGCCUCAGAGCCCGGAGGAUGGACGGGCAAGGACACGGGCUCCCGCAGAGCCCAGGGCCCGUCCUGCCCAGGAUGAACACCUGGACAUGGUCCCGGUAUCCAGUGAGCUGGGUGGCCGCGAGGAGAUGGAAUUUAGACCAGAACUCACUUCUUUGAUUUGGGGAACGGAACGUGCAGAAGAGAAGGGGGAGACUUUUCCAGACACCUCUGCUCAGCCCAGAUUUGGACCUGCCUGGGAAGAGCAUCUGUCAGAAACCAACCAGCCACGGGGCUCCGUCAGGCAGGGGGAAGAGCUGCGGUCUCUGGGGGCGCGGGAAGGUCAAGGGAGAGGGGCCCUCGAGGGGCUGGAGGAGCAGGGGCUAGCGGAAGUGGGGUUCCAGGACGGAGGAACUGUCAGGGAGGGUGGGCAUGUAGGGGAGCAGGAGCAACUGGCAGAGCCAGAGAAGGGGACGGAGGGAGAACACGGGCAAAGCCAGGAACAGACACCAGGUGAUGUGAUGCUCGCAAAACAGAGAGAAAGAACGAGGCUUUGUGGGGAAUUGGAAGGUCUGCGCUAUGGUGAGGAGGAGAGGAAGACUCGGGGCCAGCGAGGUCUACAGCAGGGAGAGGAGGGGAGGAGGGCGUUAGGGGGGACAGAAGAGGGGAGCGUGGAUGCCCCGUAUGAGGAGAAUCAAAGCCUGGUGGGGAAACCAGGGAGAGGAACUGGAAGGCAAGAAGGUCAAGUUCUGCAGGGGCAAGUGAUGCUGGGGGAGGGGCAGGUAGAGGAGGCGGGGUCAAGUGAGGAGGAACCAGGGAGUUGGGUUGGGGACCCGCUGUGGGCAGAGGGCAGACAAGAGAGUACCAGAGAAGGGGAAGCCCAUGAUGGUCUUUCCACACUGGCUCUGGUAGCCCCUGAGGUCUCUUCUCCCUGUGACUUAUUUCUAGACGCCUGUUACCCCAUGACCAGUACUCCUGGGACUCAGAAGGAGCCUCGGGCUGAGGAACUAUCCCCUACAGCUCUGGGUCCUACACUGGAGCCAGGAGGAUGGUCCUGUCAGCCUGUUUCUUUACCUGGCUCUUUUCCUGCUGGGGAGUCACCUGACCGAGAAGCAGCUCAGGAUAGCCAGCAGGAGGGAUCUGAGCCUAGGAAGGGGACGGUGUUCGGCGUGGGGACUGAGAUGGCCUCUGCCAGUACAUCCGGGACUCCUCCAAGGACACCAGACUCAGCUCCUUCCAGUCCUGCUGAAGUUUCCCCCAGCACAACUACAUCAUCAUCUGCCAGCUCCCCACUUGCCUCUCCCAGGAGGGAGCCGUCUCAUGCUGCCCAUUCUCUAGAAACCUCCAGAGCAUCUGUUUGGACCAACAGGGCAUCUCACUGUGGGGCUUUGGAGACUCCCGCUGCUGCCCUCCAUGGCUUCCCCUCUGCAGAGGCCGCCGUGGAAAUCUCCACCAGCUCCAGUUGGGCCAGCCCUCAGAGCACCCCCAGCCACCCUACAGGGGCUGUCCAGCACCUGAGGAGCAACUCCUUCCCAGGCUCUCAUAGGACAGAGCCGACUCCGGACCUGCUGGGAAUAUCACUUUCCUUCUCCCAUUCAGAGUUGCCCCAGAGGCCCCCCAAACCUGCCGUCUUUGGCUCUGUGAUUCCAAGAAGGGACAGGAAAGGUGGUAGGGACCACAGGAUCAUUCCAGAAUCCCCUAGUUCAUUAUCCACUCUGGGGCAAGACUCUCAAGAAUUCACUUCAAAUCCAGAAAUGUCCAGCAGUCCCCACAGCAGCCAGCCGUGGGGCUCCCCACACACUUCAGCCUUUUCCCCAGGGCCUCCUGCCUAUGGUUCUUCCCCACCCCUUGUCUCUGUAGAUAUGAGGAUCCAUGAGCCUCUGCCCCCUCCUACCCCAGAGAAGAGGCGUGUCCAACCCUCCAUGGUGGAAAGAGACAGCCAUCUCCAUGCAGGGGUUUCCACACUGAAGCGGUGUGCCCAUCCUCUUCCAUUGGCCCCAGGUUUGGGGCUACAUGGCCCCCCCAAAGGCCCACUUCCCCCAGUUCCUGACCCCCUUGUGGCAAGGCAGCACCGACCUCUGCCCUCUAUCCCAGACACGCCCCACCCUCCUCAGACCUCGUUCUCCCGCAAACUGAGAUACAACAAGCCAUUACCCCCAACCCCUGAUUUGUCCCAGUCCCACCAUCCUGUUUCUUUUAGUAGUGCAAGGAUCUACAGGCCUCUACCCCCUGUCCCUAUUAUGGAUCCCCCCACUGAACCACCCCCAUUACCCCCAAAGUCCAGGGGGAGGAGCAGGAGCACUCAGGGAGGACUCAUGAAUUCAGGGGGUCAGGGCAAGCCAAGGCCUGUUUGUCAAGAGUGGACAGUCUCCACUCCCCAUUCUGUUGGACGUACCUCCUGGCCCCCAGCUAUGGGUCGAUCGACAGACUCUUUGGCUUCUACCAGCAGGAAUAAGAGUGAAGUGUCCCCUGGCAUGGCUUUCAGCAACAUGGCAACCCUUCUGAGUCCCUCUUCCCCAACCACGCCCUGGAAUCUGGAGCUCCAGGGACCUGCCUCUGAACCAGGACCCUCAGAAGAGUCUGAGGCCCCUGCCAGAGGAUCUUUGAGAAGAACAGCCCCUCAGGAAGGAGCCAAUGGCCUGAGGAGGUUGGAUCGAGGCCAAGCAAGGCAGUCAGACAAACUCAGCCAUCCCCACCUAGAGAAGGCAUCCAGCUGGCCCCACAGGCGAGACCCAGGGAGACCCCCGGAGGGCGGCAGCGGGCAGGUUGCAGACCCUGGCGAGGGGUCCAGUAAGCACAAGGGCUGGAAUCGGCAAGGCCUGCGCAGGCCUUCUAUCUUGCCUGAGGGCUCUUCAGAGACAAAAGGUCCAGCCGUAGAAAAAUCCCCUGGCCCUUCAGACACCAUCGUUUUUCGGGAGAAGAAACCAAAGGAGGUGUUGGGAGGCUUUUCAAGACGCUGCUCGAAGCUCGUCAACUCCUCCCAUCUGCUUUACCAGGAGUACAGCGAUGUGGUUCUGAACAAGGAGAUUCAGAGCCAGCAGCGGCUGGACAGCCUGGGAGAGGCGCCUGGGCCCGCCUCCCCCCGGCAGCCCCGGAGGGCCCUGGUCUCCUCGGAGUCUUACCUGCAGCGCCUGUCCGUGGCCUCCAGCGGCUCCCUCUGGCAGGAGAUCCCGGUGGUGCGCAAUAGCACCGUGCUGCUCUCCAUGACCCACGAAGACCAAAAACUGCAGGAGGCCAAAUUCGAGCUGAUUGUGUCAGAGGCCUCAUACCUGCGCAGUCUGCAUGUGGCAGUGGACCAUUUCCAGCUUUCCGCCCCACUGCGGGCCACCCUUACCAACCAAGAAUACCAGUGGCUCUUCUCUCGUUUACAGGACGUGCGUGAAGUCAGCACCACGUUCCUUUCAGACCUGGAGGAGAACUUCGAGAACAACAUCUUCACCUUCCAAGUGUGCGAUGUGGUCCUGAACCAUGCCCCCAGCUUCCGCCGGGUCUACCUGCCUUACGUCACCAACCAGACCUACCAGGAACGCACCUUCCAAGUCCUGCUGAACAGCAACAGCAGCUUCCGGGAGGUUCUGGAGAAGCUGGAGAGCGAUCCUGUCUGCCAGCGCCUUUCCCUCAAGUCCUUCCUGAUCCUGCCUUUCCAGCGCAUCACCCGUCUCAAACUGCUGCUUCAGAACAUUCUGAAGAGAACACAGCCUGGCUCUUCAGAGGAAGCAGAAGCCACCAAGGCACAUCAUGCCUUGGAGGAGCUGAUCCGAGACUGCAACAACAAUGUCCAGAGGAUGCGCCGGACAGAGGAGCUCAUCUACCUGAGCCAGAAGAUUGAGUUUGAGUGCAAAAUAUUCCCGCUCAUAUCGCAGUCACGCUGGCUGGUGAAGAGUGGAGAGCUGACGGCCCUCGAGUUCAGUCUGUCCCCAGGGCCGCGAAGGAAACUGAACACGCGUCCAGUUCACUUGCAUCUCUUCAACGACUGUCUGUUGCUGUCUCGGCCCCGAGAGGGUAGCCGGUUCCUGGUAUUCGACCAUGCUCCCUUCUCCUCCAUCCGAGGGGAAAAGUGUGAAAUGAAGCUACACGGACCUCACAAAAACCUCUUCCGGCUCUUCCUGCUGCACAACGCGCAGGGCACCCAGACUGAGUUCCUCUUCAGCACAGAGACCCAAAGUGAAAAGCUUCGAUGGAUCUCAGCCUUGGCCAUGCCCAGAGAGGAGUUGGACCUUCUAGAGUGUUACGACUCCCCGCAAGUACAGUGCCUUCGAGCCUACAAACCCCGAGAGAAUGACGAGUUGGCGCUAGAGAAGGCAGACGUGGUAAUGGUGACUCAGCAGAGCAGCGAUGGGCUGCAUAACAAAGUACCACAAGUACGGUGCCUUAAAACAAUACAAGUUUAUUCUCUCAUGGUUCUGGAAGCCAGAAAUCCGAGGUCAAAGUGUUGGCAGGGCCGUACUCCCUCUGAAGCCUUUCAGGGAAGAUCCUUCCUUGUCUCUUCCAGCUUCUGGUGGCUCCAGGUAUUCCUUGGCUUAUGGCAGUAUAAUUCCGAUCUCUACCUCUGUCUUCCUUCUGUGUGUGUGUGUGUGUGUGUGUGUGUGUGUGUGUGUCCAAAUUUCUGUCUUUUUGUAAGGGUACUGAUUAUAUGGGAUUAAUGGCCCACUUUGCUCAGUAUGACCUCAUCUUAACCUUACUAAUUACACCUGCAACAACCCUGUUCACAAACAAGGUCACGUUCUGAGGCACCUGGGGUUAGAACUUCAACAUAUAUUUUGGGGGAAACAUAGUUGAAUGCGUAAGAGUAGUUCAGGAGUAGGCAGUUGUAGACCUUGCCAGACCUAGAGCAGCAUGGUUAACAUACUGGGAGACUGGAUUUCCCAAUGCUGGGGCCUCCCUAGUCAUUUCAGC